CAUGAUUUUUCAUUUCUUUGGAAGUGGGGGAUUUCAUCCUACGCCAAAUGCUUUUUCAGCCUCAAGUCAUUUGCUGCCUACACAACCCUCUCUUAAUUUACCUGUGGCAUAGUUGUCCUUGUUCCUUUUGUUGUAGAAGACAUAAGUAUCAAACAGAAUUUCGCCGUCUUUGUGUCCGAGUUCAGAGACUGUAGCAAUGUUAUCACUGUUUUCAAAUUCCGUUAAUAGGCCUUUUAUAAGAUUUCCCCUUCAUUUGAAAUAAAGAAUUUGAACUUUCACAUGGCCAAAUGGCCUUUUCCCGCUACAAUAGACUUUGUGCCCACUCGUUUUCCUUUUAAUUUGGAUGCGGUUAAAGAUCAACCAGUUUUCGUCAUGUCUGGAAGAUAUUUUUCCAUGUAAAUUGUAAGUAGGUUAUUUUGUUGACAACCGAACCAUGUUCUGUUUUAAUUUCGUUUUCAGUAGGCCUUGUAUGCAGUAGGCCUUGUAUGCAGUAGGCCUUGAAAAUAUCAAAGUAGAGAUGAUGUCGCUUAAGAUUUGUUGUUCUUUUCGACAAAUCCAGAGACGCCUGAGAUAGGAAGCUGUGGGACCAGCUUACUCUUAAAACUUUGAUGCUGCUCCAUGUUUUUAAAAAUUGACAUUCAAAACUUUGAGGCGGGUUUUUUCCUGAUUUGCUCUUGAAUUAUUAGGGUGUAAGUUUAAGAAAUAAGAAAAUAUUCAACUACAGCAGAGCACUGGAAAGGAAUCAUGCAUAAUAUUGAUAUUUUAAAACUUUAGCGAAACAUAAACCCCGUCAUGAAAAAUCUAUCAUUAAUACCAAUGUUUUUACAUUCUUACAUUGAUUUAGUGGCUCAGCCCCAAAUUUUUCUCAAUUUGUUUUUUUUAAGAACAUUUUUAAGAAAAGUAUGCAGUGUCUAUGGCAAUGUUGCCUGUCUGUUGUCGUAUGAAGUUUAUAAAUGCAGGUAUUUAGGGGUUUCGCGAUACUCUGCCUCUUAAUGUGAUUUCUGUUUUAUGAAAAAGUAAACCGAAUACAGAGUAAAACCGUAUUAAGCACCAUUUUAAUAACAGUUCUUCAAUUCUGCAGCAAAAACAUUAAAAACAGCCAUAGAAUAUUCGAAUAAGCUGUAACGUCUGACCCAAGGCACUUCACCCUUUUCUCUAAGUCUCCCAGCUUUGGGGAAGAUGAUCAUCUUGUUUACAAUUUUUAUGUUUGUAAUUAGAAAAUCUAUUUGAUUGUUGCAAAUAGCGUACAACACAAACAAAAGGAUUUCUAAGGAUUUUCUGAUAAAACAGUAGGAUUUCCACCAAAGGUGUACCAGAUUUUUAUAGAGCAUUUUACCCCUCGAAUGUAUUUACGUUUUAUGUUCAAUUUUUGAUAUUGCUUUUGACAAACUUUUUUUUUUCUCCUCUUAGUAUUACUAAGCAAAAGCGUUGACGAGGGACAUUAUCUGGGAAACGUUUUAAAGAUCACAGAUUUCGGUCUAGCCAGAAAGUCGGACCAUACAACGAAAAUGAGUACCGCGGGAACCUAUCCCUGGAUGGCGCCUGAAGUGAUCCGAAACUCGCUUUUCUCGCAGUCAAGCGAUGUAUGGAGUUACGGAGUUGUGCUGUGGGAACUACUGACAGGUCAAGUUCCUUACCAUGGCAUCGAGAAUCUUGCAAUUGCAUAUGGAGUCGCUAUGAACAAGCUCACAUUGCCCGUUCCAUCCACGUGCCCUCAUGGAUUUGCCGUCAUUAUGGAAGAUUGUUGGAAGUCUGAUGCUCAUGAGAGGCCGCUGUUUCCACACAUUUUGGGCAGCCUGGAGAAGAUCGCCGGUUCUGAUUUCCCAGCUACUGCUGCUGACUCAUUUAAGUCUUUGCAAGAAUCUUGGAAAGCAGAAAUUGAGCGCAUAUUUGAAGAGCUUAAAGAAAGAGAGAAGGAGUUGUCAAGUCGCGAAGAAGAGCUUGUUCGUAUUGAGAGUGACCAAAAGAAACAGCUGGCGACAUUACAGAAAAGGGAAGAGGAGCUGAAUCAACGAGAACGCAUGCUUUUGGAGAGGGAAAUCUUUUUAGUCGUUCAGGCAACCGAGAUGAAGAAACCUUUGCCAAAGAAGAGAAGGCGACUGUUUAAAUAUUCCAAAACCAGUAUAAGUGGACCAACAGGUUUCAAGCAUCGCUACACAGUAACAAGCACUCCGACGGACGAGAAGAAUGACCAUAAAGGAGGUAGUGUCUUUAAUGGCAACCAAAAUCCUCCAAAGUCACCAGGAACAAGCAGAUUGCGAUUGUUAUCACUUAAUGCUGCAAACGACCAGGCGCUAAAGACCGCCGCUGGUAAGAAAGGUCGGACUUGGGGUCCGAGUUCGGUACACCAGAAGGACAAAGAAAGGAGGCGCACCAAAAACCGGUCGCGAAUCUAUUCGGAUAAUAAUGGCAGGGCUUCGUCAUUUCCAAAUCUUGGUGUUCUGGAUCGAACUUUGAUCGAUGCGUCAAUGGACAGUUUGACAUCAGAUCCAUCAUUGCAAGAGCAUUCAAGUUCAUAUCCUGCUAAAUAUGCUAAAUUCCGCUAUCGUGCUAUAUGCCAAGCUGGACUUCUAAUAGCGGCUGCACUUGGCAUCGAUUUGACGCCAGCAAUGAACGAAAACCCGGAUUUUCAGUUACGAAAACUCAGUCGAGGUCGCAGUCGUGAUUCGUCGCUGUCCUCCAUAAAUUUUAACUAUAAAUCCCGCAAGACCUCUGCUGGAGAUAAGAAUAAGAUAUCGUUAGGUGAUUCGAACUCAGGCGUUUACGGGACUUACCGUAAAAAUACAGACACCGAAAAUUCAAGACGAAUAGUAAUGUCAUCUCACCCGAAUCUUAUUGACCUCGACGACAUCUCUUCGCCAUUACGGUCGUACGAUAUUAUUUGCGAUCGCGACGAGUACGACCCGUUUUCAAGUCCGUCCCAGGAUAGUCGGCCAACCAGCAAUUCCCGGUUGUUUCGCUAUUCAAACCCGGAACUGGAUUCUAUUAAUUGCAGCCUCUCAGGGAGUUCGCUUCAGUCUCAUUCGCAGGAUCUCGAAAGCAGACCAGAGCGACCAAAUACACUUGACUUACAUGCAGAUGAAAAGAACAAGAAUCUACGAAAGUUUGCAAUCUCCCCCAAAAUAUCGAACAUCGCAAGCAGCUCUGCCUUUCCCAACUCCAGUGCUAGCUCUUCGUCGCAAAGUCCUGCUUCAACGCCAUCACCAAAGACAAUUCUGCCCCCAUCUAGACUACCCUUCUCUCCAAGUAGAAAAGCUACUUUUUUAGAGAAUGAGUUGGACAGAGACGGGAGAAGACUGCCGACACCGAUGGGCGAACAGGCGAGAAACGGGAAACCUUCUCAACUAGCUUCGGAAGAGCUGACGUUUUUAUAAAAAGGUGAUAGUUUCAAAUGUUUGCCCACAAUCAAUAAUUAUUUUACAGACUUCAAAUUAUUGUAUACCAACAGAAUAAUUUUUUAGAUCUAUGUGGCCACGUUGCUAUACAGAUAUAUUUUGUGAGAGCACUUUAGCUGAUUUCGUGCUCUGUGUCACGCAAGCUAUUUUCAUUUCGAUUUUCUUUUUAACGGGUUUAUUAUGCAAAGUAUUUUCAGCGUAUGUUUUCUCAACACAACAGUAUCACGGGAAUCGAUAUGAAACCCUAGAGCUCGAAAAAUUGUAAGCCCGAAUCAGGGAUGUACCCCUACAGUGUUUAAUAUUUGCAGUCAUCUUUCUAAACGUGCGUUUAAGGAAUUUUCUUUUUGGAACCCAUAUCUAAAGAGGUUAAGUGUGAUGACAAUCAACGUACGUCCUUGAAAAAUUAAAAUUCUAGUUGUAGUUGAAAAACCUUCAUGAUAAGUUUCGAGAGACAAAUUCGUUUGCUGCUUGAAUGACAUCCACCUGGAAGAGAUUUAAGAGUCCUUUCUGGAGAACCCUCUUGAAGAACCUUCUUGAAACCCCCCGAUCAGCUCUCCUCCUCCUCCUUGAAAAUCCGUUUAUUGAAGAGAUCCCCCUUAGCGGUCUGAUAUGGUACUGUUCCUAGUCAAUUUUUUAACUUAUCGUUAUAAGGCAUCUUAUCGUUUUGAAAUCAAAACACCACAAAGUCGCAUAAGAAAUUAGACCAGUUCACGCUAAACUAUAGUAAUUGAUCAUUCUUAAUCGAGAAACUAUAGGCAAGCUGCAAUCUAAUUGACGACCCCUUUUCACGUCCUGAAAUACCCGCCCCACUAUUUUUUCAGAUAAGGCCUACUUCUGAGGAGAGAUCAAAAAUGCAUUGUAAAUGUGACAGAAAAAAAACGAAGAAAAAGACUCCAACAGUGGAGCUGUUAGUUGAAACUGCAAUAUUUUACUGUUCUGGGCUCGUGUUUCAAUCACAUCUUUCCUAGCAACUUGAUCCAAAAAAAUAUGAGACUUUAAGCAACUCUCUAUCCUUAACUAUUAAGACCCAGCUAUGGUGAAUUGAUAUACAAAACCUCAUGUUUCUUUCCUCUGACUAGCUUCUCGGUUUAAUUCAAGGCUGGCGGUUCAAGAUAAUCGAUUCAAAGUUAUCUAAAGAAGCCCCCCUACGCAGUCCUAUUUGAAUAGUUUUAUGGGUGAAUGUGAAUUUCUUGUUGUGAUCUCUUGUCCAGAAGGAGGAUGGACCCAAAAGAGGCCAAGAGUUCGAAAAUAAGUUUUUGAAUUGACCAGUUUGCAGUUACGUAAUGUUUAAAAAGGGGUAUGUUUUUAGGAAACACUUAACAUGGUUUUGACAGAAUUUUUACAUUUUGUUGGAGUGAAUAUCUGGGUCUUUAUGGUAAGGGUCUUUAUAAAAAGAGAGGAAAGUUCCAUCUGUUACUCUAAAGGAACAGUGGCACUAGAGUUACAAGCUAUAGAGGUUGCAACUCGUCACUGGCUUUCGAGCACUCAAGACAGUGAGAGACAAUAUCGCCGUUUUGAUAUCUUGAUAGCGUAAUAUUUUUCCCUCGCAGCUGCAUGUCAUCCUUUUCCAGGUGCUACCUAUUCAAACGACACUACAACUUAUAUGAGGUCUUGCUAUGAAUAUCAUUACGCGUGCUGUAAUAAAAAUAUAUUUUGCUCAACAGACUUUUUUAAUUGCUACAACAUAUUACUUGCUUUUUUGCAACCAGUGCGCAAACAUCUCGACGAAUAUUGCUUUAAAUUUCGCACAUAAACGUCGCAAAUAUUGCGUCAAAUCUGCCAAUUAUUGGCUUAGCAUUAAGGGAAAAUUUCGUUUUGUCCAUUUUGACGUUUUAGUUCUCAUUCAUUGAUUAUUGUUUUAAAACAUAUAUUGUUUUUAAAAUCUGUUUCUUAAGUAGUAACACAGGUAUUGUAAAAUCUUAAAUUGUUGUAGAAUCGAACUAUGAAAAAUGUAUCAGGUAUCAAAGUAUAAAUACCCGACAAGGUCAAUGUUAAAAAGCGGAGAA